GUUUUCAUGUUGUCCAGAGCGUUGGUGUCUGUAACUGUGCUGCUGGCAACAAUUUAAUUACGCUUUUUUACCGACGUUUACUGACACCAGCCAUAUGCAACGGGUGUUGAGCGUUCGUAAAUUCAAUUAUUCUGCGCUUUGGCACACUCAGACGGACGCGAGAGUGCCCUGAAAACGGAGUAGUAACCAGAGUGAAUUUACGAACGCACCUCUAGGCUAAUCCCUACUACAGAAUAAUCCCAUAGAGCUGUACUGUUUUUGAUAAUCACAUUCUGACAAAAUGCUCUUUGCUAAACUCGGAUGUUAGCUAGACAGCUAUCUUUAUUAGCUAGCUAACGUUGAUUUAGAUAACUGUAACCCGGUCGGAAAUAGCUUGUUCUUAACGGUUAACGUUACUGGACAGAAACCCACCUUCUUUGGAUAAUUGACCUAGCUACAGUAGCUAAUCAAUUGAAUUGUACACCAAUUUCUGAUGAGCAAAUACUCGCAUCAAGCCAAGAGAACAUCAUGGAGAUCAGCCUCAAUCGAGUUGAUUAUCUGCAGGUAACUGAGUUAGCAACAGUAACUAGAUAAUUUAGCUAUAUAGCUUUUUCCUACAUUUUGACCCCUGGCACUGAUCAUGUCACUAAUGUUAUGGCUAAAUACAUAGUAGCCUGAAUGGGAAAAGGACUGCUUUUUUUUUUUUACUCAGCCAACUUUGUCUUUAGUAACUGUCGAUGAAUUGUGAUACUGAUUUACUCUGGCUGUCACGUUCAUCGUCACAGGUUGGUGUGACAUCUCAGAAAACCAUGAGGCUCCUCCCUGCCUUGGGACGCAAAGCAACCCAAAAGGUACUGUAAUGUUCAUGUACAUAAUUAGAAGUGACCCAUAAAUAGCCUUGUGGUUGGUUUGGAAUAUAUGCUUUUGUAAAUCUGGCUCUGAACAAUGCCCCAAUUAUUGAGUUACACAUUUCAUUUUGCGUGUUACAGGUUGCUGUUGCUGAUCAUGAUGGUGUGGUAACUUGUUUUGGGAUGAAAAAAGGAGAAGCUGUGGUAUGUAUUGGGUCUUACACAGUCAACAUCAUUGAAAUACUAGCCUGGGUUCCAGUCUGUUUUUAGCCAACUCAUUCAUCAUUGUUGGCUAAAGCAGAACCGGACUGGCACCUAGGCUAGGAGAGGACAACCACUUUCAAGGACUUCAUAUGAAUGCCUACUGCCAUGGUCCCCCUAACCUGCUCCAGGGAAACUGCUCUGCAGCUGACCAUGUGCUGUUCGGUGGGAUGGGUACCGUGUCCUCAAAAAUACACGUUUCCGUUGUGUAAUAAAUAAAUAAAGAUCCAUUUUAUGAAUGUUGAUUGUGGUUAUCUUUUCUAGCCUGUGUUCAAGACCUUGCCAGGGCAGAAGAUAACCAGGCUGGACCUGGGUGGGGCUCUUGGAACCCCGCAGGAGAAGAUCUUUGUGUGUGCCGGCUCGGAAGUGAAGGGAUACACCAAGAAAGGCAAACAGUUCCUGUCCUUUGAGGCCAACCUUACAGAAAGCAUUAAUGCCAUGUGAGUCUUUUAACUUUUUGAUGUGAAAUAGGUUACCUUGCCUCGGUUCCAGGCUCUCUACACAUGGUUUGUUUAAAAAAAAAAAUGCCUUCAAUGUGUUUUGCAGGCACGUUUCAGGAGCAGACCUUUUUGUGUGUGCGAGUUACAUCUACAACCACUACUGUGACUGCAAGGACCAAGACUACUACCUGUCUGGAGACAAAAUCAAUGACAUUGUGUGUUUGUCUGCUGAGAACUUGGGCCGCGUUGUCCCUGUGUUGGCAUGUCAAGACAGAGUUCUCAGAGUGUUGCAGGUGAAGAUUUUACCACACUGUCUAUUUAUCAUUUAUAUCAUUUCCAUACAAUCCAAUGCAUGUUUUCUAAUGGGUGAAUGGAAAUUGUGUAUGAGUACUGCAGUAUGAGAAUAUAAGUACUUCAAAGAGUUUGUGUUUUCUUGCCCAUAGGGAUCUGAGCUUUUGUAUGAUAUUGAAGUCCCUGGUCCUCCCUCAGUUUUGGAGCUGUACAAUAGAGAUGGAGGCAAGUACAACAUUCUUAUACUGAACUCAAAUGUCAAUUUCACACAUCCCUGUACUUACAGUGCCUUCAGAAAGUAUUCACACCCCUUGACUUUUUCCACAUUUUGUUGGUUACAGCCUGAAUUUAAAAUUGAUUACAUUUAGAUUUUUUUUGUCACUGGCCUACACACAAAACCCCAUAAUGUCAAAGUGGAAUUAUGUUUUUAGAAAUGAAAAGCUGAAAUGUCUUGAGUCAAUAAGUAUUCAACCCCUUUGUUAUGGCAAGCCUAAAUAAAUUCACGAGUAAAAAGUUGCUUAACAUGUCACAUAAUAAGUUGUAUGGACUCGCUCUGUACAAUGAUAGUGUUUAACAUGAUUUUUGAAUGACUACCUCGUCUCUGUACCCCACACAUACAAUUAUCUGUAAGGUCCCUCAGUCGAAUAGUGAAUUUCAAACACAGAUUCAACCACAAAGACCAGGGAAGUUUUCCAAUGCCUCGCAAAGUAGGACACCUAAUGGUAGAUGGGUAAAACAUUUAAAAAGCAGACAUUGAAUGUCCCUUUGGGCAUGGUGAAGUUAUUAAUUACACUUUGGAUGGUGUAUCAAUACACUCAGUCACUACAGAGAUACAGGCGUCCUUCCUAACUCAGUUGCCAGAGAGGAAGGAAACGGCUCAGGGAUUUCACCAUGAGGCCAAUAGUGACUUUAAAACAGUUACAGAGUUUAAUGGCUGUGAUAACUGAAAACUGAGGAUACAUCAACAACAUUGUAGUUACUGCACAAUACUAACCUAAAUGACAGAGUGAAAAGAAGGAAGCCUGUACAGAAUAAAAAUAUUCCAAAACAUGCAUCAUGUUUGCAAUAAGGCAAAUAAAAAUAAAACUGCAAAAAAUGUGUCAACGAAAUUAACUUUAAGUCCUGAAUACAAAGUGUUAUGUUUGGGGCAAAUCCAACACAACACAUCACUGAGUAACACUUCAUAUUUUCAAGCAUGGUGGUGGUUGCAUCAUGUUAUGGGUAUGCUUGUCAUCGGCAUGGACCAGGGAGUUUUUUUAGGAUGAAAUGAAACAGAAUAGAGCUAAGCACAGGUUUAGUCUGCUUUCCAACAGACACUGGGAGACAAAUUCAUCUUUUAGCAGGAGAAUAACCUAAAACACAAGGCCAAAUACGCACUGGAGUUUACCAAGACGACAUUGAAUGUGGCUGAGUUACAGUUUUGACUUAUAUCGGCUUAAGAAUGUAUGGCAAGACUUGAAAAUGGCUGUCUAGCAAUGAUCCACUACCAACUGAGUGGCGCAGUGGUCUAAGGCACUGCAUCGCAGUGCUAACUGUGCCACUAGAGAUCCUGGUUCGAAUCCAGGCUCUGUCGCAGCCGGCCGCGACCGGGAGACUCAUGGGCGGCGCACAAUUGGCCCAGCAUCGUCCAGAAUAGGGGAGGGAAUGGCCGGCAGGGAUGUAGCUCAGUUGAUAGAGCAUGGUGUUUGCAACGCCAGGGUUGUGGGUUCGAUUCCCACGGGGGGCCAGUAUAAAAAAAUAUGUAUUCACUAACUGUAAGUCGCUCUGGAUAAGAGCGUCUGCUAAAUGACUAAAAUGUAAAUGUAAAUGUAAAUGUAACUUGACAGAGCUUGAAGAAUUUAAAUAAAUGUACAAUCCAGGUGUGCAAAGCUCUUAGACUUACCCAGAAAGACUUACAGCUGUAAUCGCUUCCAAAGGUGAUUUUAACAUGUAUUGACUCAGGGGGUUGAAUACUUAAUCAAGAUAUGAGUGUUUUAUUUUUCAUACACUUAUUUUUUUACAAAUGUUAGACUAUUUUGUGUAGAUCGUUGACCAAAAAAAGACAAUAAAAUCAAUUUUAACCCCAACUUGUAACACAACAAAAUGUGGAAAAAGUCAAGGGUUGUGAAUACUUUCUGAAGGCACUACUUCUACCACACUGUCUGCUUUAGGGACUAAUGGCGAAGACAUUCUCUAUGGAACUGUGGAUGGAAAACUGGGACUGAUUAGGAUAACUGAUUCCUCUUCCUCUUCUAAAUGGGAGAUUGAUAAUGACAAAAAGAAAGGAGGUACGGAACUGUUAAAGAAACUAUACUAGCUAGUAUAUGUUUUAUCUGUCAGAGACUCAAGAGUAUCUAUGCACUUAAACGCAAUUAGCACACGUAUUGUCAUCUUAUAUUAUAAGAAUGUUAUUUACAUUGAUUUACCAUGUUGGUCAUCAUUCAAUGAUAUAGCUAGCAUUAUUCCAUUCAUUGAGCUUAUUCCCAUUUUCUUUUUCUGUGGUUGUUGCCUAUAGGUGUUUUGUGCAUCGACACGUUUGAUAUCCUGGGUGAUGGGGUGAAAGACAUCCUGGUUGGCAGGGACGAUGGGACAAUGGAGGUCUAUGCCAUUGACAGCUCCGACGAGCUCUCGUUGCGCUUUGAGCAUGUGAGUCCACUAUAAUUUUUUUUCCUGUCCUAUAUCUUAUAUCCUAGGGUGUCCAACCACCAGUGUUGGGGAAGCUAUUCUGAAAAUAUAGUUUACCAAGCUACCAAUUUACUUCACACUGGAAGAAGUUAAGCUACACUAAAGCUACCCUUUAGAAGACUAUAGUUUACUUUGAAAAAGUAAUUCACUACAUCAAACUACUUUGUGAUACAGUAAAUCAAAAUCUGAAAUGACAUGGAGUACAAAUUACAAGAACAUAUCACUCUGGAGUCCAAUGUUAACAGAAUGUGUAAUUUAGUCUAUUAAACACAAAAACUAUGUUUCAAGUGAGAAUUAGGCCGUUCUGAUGCCAAAAAAGAUGCUUGCCUACUUCACCCAUCCCACUGGGAAAAAACUGGUUGAAUCAACUUUGUUUCCACAUCAUUUCAACCCAAAAAAUCUAUGUGAUGACGUUGAAUCAACGUGAAAAACUGAUUGGAUUUGCAAAAAGUCAUCAAUGUAAGGGCAUUUCAUAUUUUUUUAUCCAACUUUUAACCUAAAUCCAAUGACAUGGUGAAAUGUUUAGUUGAGUUCACGUUGAAUUCACGUCAGUAGAAGGAUUACUUUUAUACUAUCCCAGGUAUUCCUUAAAGAGGUAGGGUUUCAAGUGUCUCCGGAAGGUGGUCAGUGACUCCGCUGUCCUGGCGUUGUGAGGGAGCUUGUUCCACCAUUGGGGUGCCAGAGCAGCGAACAGUUUUGACUGGGCUGAGCGGGAACUGUGCUUCCGCAGAGGUAGGGGGGACCAGCAGGCCAGAGGUGGAAGAACGCAAUGUCCUCGUUUGGGUGUAGGGACUGAUCAGAGCCUGAAGGUAAGGAGGUGCCGUUCCCCUCACAGCUCCAUAGGCAAGCACCAUGGUCUUGUAGCAGAUGCGAGCUUCAACUGGAAGCCAGUGGAGUGUGCGGAGGAGCGGGGUGACGUGAGAGAACUUGGGAAGGUUGAACACCAGACGGGCUGCAGCGUUCUGGAUGAGUUGUAGGGGUUUAAUGGCACAGGCAGGGAGCCCAGCCAACAGCGAGUUGCAGUAAUCCAGACGGGAGAUGACAAGUGCCUGGAUUAGGACCUGUGCCCCCCCCCCCCCCCCCCCCCCCCAUGAGCAUCCCAAUGGUUCCUGCAUGAACGCCCCCCACCCCCAUUGGUUCCUGCACCUCAUUGGUUCCUACAUGAAAUGACAAACUUCCUGAGAAAUAACAAACUUUUUAUCCUAAAGUUUAAAGAAUAUUGUUGAAAUCCAUGUCUUUGUGAUACUAACUUGUCCACCAGGUGUUGUCGGAGAGCGUCAACUCUAUUCAGGGUGGCUGUGUUGGGAAGGAGUCUUAUGACGAGGUUCUGACAGCCACGUAUACAGGUGAGCUAUCAACGAAAGAAAAUAGUGUGUUAUGCAUAAGCUAUACAAAAAGAAGAACCACUAGAGCGAGAAUAAAGUGAUGUCUGCUGACUGUUUGCUGCUCCCAAUAAGUGAUCUCUAGGAGAUACAGAUACAAUGUUGUGAGCGACUUGAAAUGGCAAUAUGUGUGUGUCCAGGGUGGGUGACAGGGCUAACUACAGAGCCCCAGCAGGCAGAGGCAGGCCCUGGAGAGGAAGUCAAAAUGAGUCGGGAGACCCAGAACAAAGUGGCAGCUCUCAGGUAUACUUGUUGUCACCUGCAUUUGCAAUCGAUAUCAAUGGAACUUUGUAAGCAAAACUCAGUGUUGGCAAGGCUAAUUCAACAGAAAAAGUGGUAGUUUAGUACAAAACAAAGAUAGAGUCCUGUAUUUUGCAAACGUUAGAGGUAGCUAACUUAAUUAUGAGGACAGAUAGUAGCUACACUAUAUAUACAAAAGUAUGUGGACCCCCCACAAAUUAGUGGAUUUUAGGCACACCCGUUGCUGACAGGUGUAUAAAAUCAAGAACACAGACAUGCAAUCUCCAUAGACAAACAUUGGCAGUAGAAUGGCCCGUAAUGAAGAGCUCAGUGACUUUCAACGUGGCACCGUCAUAAGAUGCCACCUUUCCAACAAGUCAGUUCAUUACAUUUCUGCCCUGCUAGAGCUGCCCCAGUCAACUGUAAGUGCUGUUAUUGUGAAGUGGAAACGUCUAGUCGCAACAAUGGCUCAGCCGCGAAGUGGUAGGCCACACAAGCUCACAGAACGGGACCACCAAGCGCUGAAGCGUGUAGCGCGUAAAAAUCGUCUGUCCUCAGUUGCAACACUCACUACCGAGUUCCAACCUGCCUCUGGAAGCAACGUCAGCACAAUAACUGUUCGUCGGGAGCUUCAUGAAAUGGGUUUCCAUGGCCGAGCAGUCACACACAAGCCUAAGAUCACCAUGUGCAAUGCCAAGCAUCGGCUGAAGUGGUGUAAAGAUUUUUUUUUUUUUAGAUCACCGCCAUUGGACUCUGGAGCAGUGGAAACGCGUUCUCUGGAGUGAUGAAUCACGCUUCACCAUCUGGCAGUCCGACGGAUGAAUCUGGGUUUGGCGGAUGCCAGAGGAACGCUACCUGCGCCAAUGCAUAGUGCCAGCUGUAAAGUUUGGUGGAGAAGGAAUAAUGGUCUGAGGCUGUUUUUCAUGGUUUGGGCUAAGCUCCUUAGUUCCAGUGAAGGGAAAUCUUAACGCUACAGCAUACAAUGUCAUUCUGGACAAUUCUGUGCUUCUAACUUCGUGGCAACAGUUUGGGGACGGCCCUUUCCUGUUUCAGCAUAACAAUGCCUCCGUGCACAGAGCGAGGUCCAUACAGAAAUGGUUUGUCGAGAUCGGUGUGGAAGAACUUGACUGGCCUGCACAGAGCCCUGACCUCAACCCCAUCGAAAACCUUUGGGAUGAAUUGGAAUGCUGACUGCGAGCCAGGCCUGACCUCACUAAUGCUAUUGUGGCUGAAUGGAAGCAAGUCCCCACAGCAAUGUUCCAGCAUCUAGUGGAAAGCCUUCCCAGAAUAGUGGAGGCUGUUAUUGCAGCAAAGGGGGGACCAACCCCAUAUUAAUGCCCAUGAUUUUGUAAUAAGAUGUUCGACGAGCAGGUGUCCGCAUACUUUUGGUCAUGUAGUGUAUGUUUCCAUGAACCUGUCCAGUGAAUUUUUUUGUUGUUGUCGACAUUUAGGGAGUUUGCAUAGAAAAUAGAUGCGACAAUUGCCUGCUAGGGUGCGUUUCCAUUUAACUAUCUUGUGCCAAUAAAAACCACUGGAGGUAAUGACGUCACAAAAAAUCUACAGUGUCGAAUAAAACUGUAUUGGUCGAGUUUGUCCAUUACCCAUUUAGGUAAAUUGCACAUUAAUAAAUUGGCGACAGCCUGUAUGCCUGUCCACCUAUCUGUUUCAUGUCUCAGGUAGCCCAUGAAAGCCAGCAUGGUUAGAAUGCAAGAAUUGACUAAUAGUGGGCCAUUUUCUAAUAAUUCUCAUUAGGGCUGGGCGGUAUACCGUAUUUUAUGAUAUACUUGUAUUGAUGCACGGACUAGUUUCAUGUCUCAGGUAGCCCGCGAAAGCCAGCGUGGAUAGAAUGCAAUAAUUCUCAUGUGCCAACGUAUCGCCACGGCCUGUGCCAUGGUGAAACUUGCACUUCUGUAGAUCCGAAAUAAUUGGAUGGUGAAACUUGCCAGCCAGCCAGAAAAGUAAGGCGAAGCAAUUCAAGCAUUCUUGAAUGUCAGGACAAUCCUUUUCCUGCAAAGAAACAUUGUUUUUAUAGUUAAGAAAUUGUACUUGCAAGCAGUAGGCAUUUAGAAUUCAGUGUGGAGUGGAGCAAUAGACAUUCUAACCAGAGUGGAGCUUAUAGUUACGUGAUGAAUUCACGUGCUCCGUGUACCUUCAAGUAUUUGCCAAUCAUCAUUUUAUUCGAGAAACACAGUUUCCAUCGUCAUUUGUCGUAAUAAAGAAAGUUAGACAAAAUAAAAAUCCACCCGUCGAACGGAUAAAAAUGUUAGAAAAUGUCUCCUAUAUCUGCCGUUUCCAUUUCACAUGUCGCAGUGUUGUUUGUUGUCACAUUGCCUUUGUCAAAUAAACCUGGGUCAAUGGAAACCUGCUUACUGUCUGUUGUAAUUCUCCCACCAUGAACACACAGCACAUGUCACCCUCAGGGCAGAGCUAGACCAACUGCAGAUGAAGGUCCUUCAGGGCCGUGAGAAGUACCAGCAGACCUCCCAGUCCAGUACGGCCAUCUCUGCCAUGCCCGUGUUCAACGUCAACGACAAGUUCACCCUGUGUCAGGAUGACGCCAGCUACAGCCUCACUUUGGAAGUGCAGACGGCCAUUGACAAUCUGCUGCUGCAGGUGAAAGAAAUUGACUAAACUGUAUUUUUUAUGUGGUGUAUUGAACAAGAAAGAGAGAUUUGAGCGUUUUUUUUAAUGAGAGAGAUCUACUAAUGAUACGGCUAUGUGACCACGACUUUUAUGUAAUGGAUUGUAAUGUUAGGUUCCAUUUUAGUCGGUCACUCGUUAUAACAUACUAUGGGGAGUCAACGACCAAUCCUAUUCACCUGAAGAAAACUAAAACCACACCCAACGGAUGCCGAGUCCGCCCUCAGAAGCCCCGCCUCUACUGGCUACAAUACCGGGGCUCUGAUCCAUUUCCUUUGCUCUUCAGCUUGCCUGAAGGAAGAACGUGUGUCACGCAAUAUACAAAUUUUUCAAGCACACGAAGGCUCCGAGAUUCUGAUCCAACUUAGGUGUCUGUUAGUGGGGAGAGAGUACUCGUCCCCCUAGAUGUUUUGGGGCUUGGUAUCGGUUUUUGUGUUUGCUAAAAUCGAACUACUUUCUGUUCUGCUUGUCCAGCUAAUGCUUCCUUACUUGGGUAGGAUUUGUGUUUGAUAAAACCCCACUACUUUCUGCUCUGCUUGUGGAGCCAGUGCUUCCUUUCUUGAGUAAGGUGGCCAGUGGUAAGAAGUAAGUUCAAAAAGGCUAACCAGCCAAGUUUGAAUCUCCGACCGUGCUCAUAGGAUGCCACCUUUCCAACAAGUCAGUUCUUCAAAUUUCUGCCCUGCUAGAGCUGCCUGUAAGUACUGUUAUUGUGAAGUGGAAAUGUUUAGGAGCAACAACAGCUCAGCCGCGAAGUGGUAGGUCACACAAGCUCACAGAACGGGACCACCGAGUGUUGAAGUCCUCGGUUGCAACACACCAAGUUCCAAAUUGCCUCUGGAAGCAACUUCAGCACAAGAACUGUUUGCAGGGAGCUUCAUGAAAUGGGUUUCCAUGGCUGAGCAGCCGCACACAAGCCUAAGAUCACCAUGCGCAAUGCCAAGCGUCGGCUGGAGGGGUGUAAACCUUGCCGCCAUUGGACUCUGGAGGAGUGGAAACGCAUUCUCUGGAGUGAAGCACAAACAUUUCGCUACACCCGCAAUAACAUCUGCUAAACACGUGUAUGUGACAAAUUUAAAUUUGAUUUGAUUAAUUACGCUCACCAUCUGGCAGACGAAUCUGGGUUUGGCGGAUGCCAGGAGAACGCUACCUGCCCGAAUGCAUAGUGCCAAAGGAGGAGGAAUAAUGGUCUGGUGCUGUCAUGUAGUGUAUUUACCUCAUGUCGCUGCAGCGGUGAAGCAUCGCUUACCCCUGUUUUAAAGAUUUACUUAGCUCCAGAUGCUUACAAGGGGGCUAACCCUAGCACGGUGCUUCUGAAUAAACAGCGCCGGUUCUCAGGAUUCCUGAGAGGGACAGGCGGAUGUAUUUGGAUGAGCCAGUUUCGGCAACAAGGUUGUUUGGCUCUGGGCACUCCUCCCCAAGCAUUUACUGUGGCAGCAGUGCUCCCAAGUGGCUCGGUCAAUGGGUGCAAGUUACCGGUUGCAGAGGUCCCCGAACCCGGUGUGGGCCCGGUAUCAGAAUGCACAUUUCCUUCCCCACUUUCAGACUGUCAAAAGUGGUGGAUAUGAAAAUAUAUUAUCCCAUUCCUCAGGGUGGCGCUCUGCCCCUUCAGGAGAUAAUGUAUGUGAGACUGGCAAUGUGCUCCGUCCAGAGGCGGGCAUUUGCAGGUUCACCAUGGGUGGUGAUGAGGACGGUGACAAGGGGGUACGGUCUGCAGUUCGCUGUGCGGUGUCCUCCUUUUCGUGGCGUAAUUAAGUCAAUGGUCCCCGAGGUCCUAGCGCCUGUCUUGAGAGAGGAAAUUUCCUCUGUCCUUCAAAAGCAGGCAGUUCGGGCAGUCCCCGUGUCAGAAGUACAGAGCGGUUGGUACAGCCGGUACUUGUUAGUUCCCAAGAGCGAUGAAACGUUGCGUCGCUCCUGGACUUGCGUGUUUUAAACAAGGUUUAAACAAGGCACCUCAAGGUUGAAAGUUAAAAAUACUCACACUUCGCCGGCCAUUGCAGUUGGUUCACGUCCAUAGAUCUGGAGGAUGCAUAUUUUAAUGCACUAUACAUCCUCCUCAUCUCCCUAUCGCCCACACCUUUUCUAUGGUGUUGGAGGCGGCUUUGGCACCGGUGCGGUGCCAGGGGAUCAGGGUAUUGGCAAGGCUAUCUGGACGAUUAACUGGUCGUAGCGGAGUCUAGGAAAUAGGUGGAGCUCCACACUGCCACGCUGGUUUCCCAUAUUCAGUCUCUGAGGUUCGUAGUGAAUAACAAGAAAAGUUAUUUGAUUCCGGCUCAGCGCAUUCUGUUUCUGGGUCUCGUUCUGGACGGUUCUGAAUCAUACGUUUUUGUCCCAACAGAGGAGGGUCGCAUUCCAGCUCUGUCUGGCACGGUUUCUGCUGGGGCACUCGGUGCCUUUUAGCUUGCUCCUGCGGUUAUUGGGUCUGAUGGCCUCUAUGAUAGCUGUGAUGCCUCUGGGACUUCUGUUGAUGUGUCUGUUUCUGUUUCUGAGUGAGGGAAACUCUCUCAGGCAGGGAGGGACUCUCUCCUGAACCUGGCCCGUUAUCUGCUCAUAUGGGGCAGUGUGCAUUACCUGUCGCUCAGGGUGACGUAUCUUCCCAAAUCUCUCACCGUGGGUGCGGAUCUACUUUUCAGGGGGGGGUCCUAUCUCUAUGGAAUGGAGACUGCACCCCUCGAUGGUGGCCCAGAUAUGGGACCGGUUCAACAGGGCCGACAUAGAUCAUACGCGUCGAAAGAAAAAGCUUUGGCGUUUCAGUGGCCUCGGACCCUGCUCAAUGCGUUCCUCCGGUGGACCUGAUUCAGACCACCGUGGAGAGGGUCCGUCAGGAUGGUUUUUUGUUGAUUUUGGUGGUUCCCCGUUGGCCCAGACAACCCUGGUUCCAGGAGAUCAUCGUCGGUGAGACGGCACGCGAAUGCACAUUAUCAAGUCACAGCAGGUGCCCUGUUGUUUUGGACUUGCGGUUCCUUGUGUGAGUUCUGGCAUUCCAGACUCCUCAGGUCUCGAUGUGAGCCUUUUUGGAACCGGUAGGGUCUAUGGACUUGGGCCACCGUGGUCGAUGUUAGGCAGCAUUUUGUCCUGGUACCACAGUUUUGCUCUGCGUUUGAGCCUUGGGCUGCCUUGAUGUGCGGCAGCGAACAGAGUGCGCAUUUAUCAGGGUUACCACAGUUCCCUGUGGGUUUGAGCCUUGGGCUGAUGUGGCACCGCGUGAGUACACAAUUACUGCAGGUUUCCUGUGGGUUUCAACCUUGGGCUGCCGUGGUUCAACGACUCUUGUCGAUGCUAUGCAGCCUGCGUGUGCGUUUUACCAAGUCACAACAAAUGUUCUGUUGUUUUGGACUUGCAGUUCCUUGUACGAGUUCUGACAUUUCAGGCUCUCAAGGUAAGUAUUGUUUUUGGGUUCUAGGGACUUGGGCUGCAGGGUCAGUGCUCACAGCCAAGUUGCAGCAGAUUCUGGUUCCCUAUAUGGGGCUCUGACAGUUCAGGCUUCUCGGGUAAGUAUUUGGGGGAAAGGUGGCUUCAUUAACGCCUUUUUGGAGCUGGUGGAACGUGUGUGCUUAGGCUGCCGUGGGCCUCCUAGUUUGGUACUCUUUGAGCCGGCUUGGAGCGUGAUUGUAUGUCCCCAUCAGAGUAUGUGAGCGGAGUUAAGUGGUCGGAAAUCACGCUCAUCACUCACGCUCCGGCGCUCCAAGUGCUUUCCAACCGCUCCGCUAAAAAACGCUCCUUGCUCACAGGAAAAAAAACUGCCGCUCCAAAUUCGCUCCAUUCAUUAAAAUCACAAUUUAACCAACACCCAUCUAUUUUUGUGACUACCUGGACCUACCAUUUGGUUUUGAAGUAUUGAAACCAAACCAUAUUAUUUGAAUGAAAAGUAUUUCAAUAAACAACAUGAAAAGGUGACUGUAAGAAGCGCUCAUAAUUUCAAAUUGGCUACAUGUCGUAUUAAACAGCAUAUAAAGACUCUAAAUAGGUCAGGAGCCAGACAAGUAACCUAAGCAGGAAUGAAAAUUAAUUAUUUAGGAUAUAGUAUUACUUAUAGUAUCAAUUAUUUCAAGGCUUUAGCCUACAAAGAAAUACAUUGUGAAGCAUUUGCGAGUGCGACACACUAAGCACUCAGCAUUUAAACAACAUUUCAUUGUAUUAAAUCAUUAUAGUCUAUAAAUUGCGCACAUAGGCUGUGACUUACUUAGAAUUAAAUACAAAAGACACUCUUUUCAGAUUCCACAAUGAUUAUUUAGUUGUGGACAAUGCAUCACCGCACUCCCUCUCUUGCUCUUGGUCCUCCUCAUCUUUCUAAGUCACUUUGAUUUUGCACCUGUGGGUUUUAUCAGUUUCCUUAUGAAGAUAUUUAGUGAACUCCAUGACAGUAGCUAAAGCAAGGGGCUAUAGCAUCACACAAGUAGACUACAAAUACAUGUUGGGCCGGGCAUGCCCUGAGCUCGUGAAGUGAGCACUACUUGGAGUGCUACUGGAGUGAAAUUGGAGCGGGCCGACACUCCAGCCUUUAGGAAACUCGCUCCGCGCUCCAGUCAAAUUGGGCACUUGCCGCUCCUCGCUCCGCUCACAUACUCUGGUCCCCAUAGUAUGUUAUACUGAGUGACUGACUGAAAGGGUACGUACAGUUAUGAAUAUAACUAAUGUUCCCUGAAGGAUGGAAUGAGGUAUUACAUAUUUUGGCCCGCUCUGUCAGGGAGUUUGGCCUCGCUGAAGAGCGGUACUGAAUUGAGGAAAUGGAUGCAAGCCCCAGUUUUAUAGCCAGGAAGGCGGGGCUUCCGAGGGUAGGCUCGGUAUCCAUUGGCCCGUUGGGUGUGAUUUCAGUUUGUUCAGGUGAAUAGGAUUGGUCAUUGACUCCCCAUAGUAUGUUAUACCUCGUUCCCUCCUUCAGGGAACAGUAGUUAUAGUCAUAACAGUACGAUUGUUUUCUUUACAGAGUGACGUACCAAUUGAUCUGCUGGAUGUCGACAAGAACUCUGCUGUCGUGAGUUUCAGCUAAUGUGAUUCAGAGGUGAGAUUCAAUCCUAUUACAGAGAGCAUACAAAUACGAUUAUUGAGAAACUAAUGCUUUAGAUUCCUCAAAGCACUAAUUAUGCUAUCUGUUUCAGAAGCUAAAUGGCAAUUUUCUCCUCGCUAUGUACAGAUGCCAAGCAAAUACUACACGGCUUGAGCUGAAGGUGAGAGAUUUUUAAGAGUAUGUUUUAAAGUAAAUUCAUAAUUUUUGAUCUGGAGUGUAAACUUGGUCAAAUAUUUUUGGGAUUUCACCAUUGUAUUUUUUUUGGUCAUAAAGAGCACGUUCAACUUAAUAAAAAAACACGUUUUCCCAUCUGAAGAGGUAAAAAAAAAAAGAGACUAUAAUAAGUGCAUAUUAAUUGCUAAAUAAAGUAACAGGGUUGACCAUAACAGAGUUGACGAUUUUAUCUUAAAUCAGCCAUAAAUCCCCUAGUGACAAGGGAAUGGAAGCUUGUUGUGUGCAACAGGGAGUGGCAAUUGAAUUUCAAGCUUCACAAUAUAUAUUAUUAUUUUUAACAUUUCUAGCCUGUCUAUGUAUGGGUAACAGGGUUGACGUGUUAUGCCAAAAAGAGAAGAACCAGCUCACCUGCUUUUACGCUAUGAUUUGACUAUUCGAUUUUCAAUGUUUCUAAAAAAUUAAAUAAACUUUUACUUCACGUAACAGAGUUGACCUUAAAAUGAAUAAUUAAAAUAAAUAAUAAUCUUCAGAAAUGACUGGUGAAAACUUGGGGUUAAGUAGGUUAAAAUCUUCCUAGAAUCACAGAGGGUGCCCGGAGGGACAUGUCAUAAUGCUGAACUUUGGCACUUUAGCAAGUAUUUUUUCAUAGUAAAAAUCAGAUUUAUUUAAUUCUCCAUGUGGUCUAUAUUAAAAUGCACUUCAUUUAAUAUAUCAGGCUUUUAAAAUUCUAUAUUGGUGCACAAUGUCUACUUAAAAUAUUAAAGGGAUGCAAAAGGCACUUUUUGUGGAACGACCCAAAAGUAACACUCUCUUCUCCAGGGGGGCAACAGAGCUAGGUCCAAGUUCCCGUCUGGCCCCACCCGACUCAGCAAUGCUAAGGGAACGCUGCUAUGUGUUCUUAUGACUUCUAUGUCACGUCAUCUUCUCCCUUCUCUAGGUGAGGUUCAUUGAGGGCCAGUAUGGCACCCUGCAGGCCUACAUCACGCCACGCCUGCAGCCCAAGACCUGCCAGGUACACCAGUACCUCAUCAAACCCCUGUCCCUUCACCAGAGAACUCACACCAUUGACCAGGACAGGUAAGAAGAAGGAUGAAGCACUAGUAAUUACAAAGACGUUGUCUGCCAAAACCUGACUGGGCUGUGCAGCAGUGGGAUUCUAUUGGCCUGUCAAUAACACUUUUUUGGCUUACGUUACUUACGACAGCAAUAAAAGAAGAAAAUAAGAACGGUCCAUUUUUUUUUCAGAGUAUGAAAAUGUGUAUUUUUGCUUUUUAUCCCCCCCGACACAUACACACCCCGAGGGGUUGUGGCAAAGGGUCAGUCUGUAACAGACUUGUAAUGCUCAAGGGGACAACAUCUAUGGCAUCCAGAGCAGUCAGCAACCUCCCAGCCACUGGUGCCGGAUGUUGACUAAGACUGUCCUAUAUGGUUAUAGUCUACUGAAAGAAAGACGGUGUUUGACUCAAUCUCACUCUUUUUCUCUCGUCUUUCAUUAUCUCUCCAUCUCACCCCAUACAGACCCAUGAACACUUUGAGUCUGGUUGGCCAAUUCAGCUUUGCAGAGAUCCACUCCUGGGUAGUCUUCUGCUUGCCAGAGGUCCCAGAGAAGACUCCAGCAGGGGAGAAUAUCACCUUCUACUUCCAGAACACUUUCCUUGGCACGCAGCUGGAAGCCACAUACUGGUUCGGAAUUCAAUUCAAUACAAUCUUUAUUUAACCCCUCAGGCAGAUGCGUCAAUCAGUGUGCUUGGUUUAGUUUGUCCCUGUACAAUGUAACUAAUGGAAUAAUCCCAAAAGUGCAAACUCAAGCUGAAAUCAAGGGCACCUCACAUAAUUUUUGCCAUUCACUUUGACUUGUACUUUAGGGAGAUUGAAUUAAGACACAUUCAAUAUUGGUUUUGUUCUCCCCCUUUUGUCAUUUUAGUAAAGGGGAAGGCCACUUCAAGUCUGACAACAUUUCCACCAUCUCCAUACUGAAGGACGUCCUCUCCAAAGAAGCCACCAAAAGAAAAAACAAUCUCAACAUUUCUUAUGGUAGGUCUUUAGCUAGUUACAGUACAUUAUUAUUAUCUGUAUCUUUAGGCUACUAGUUAGUUAUUUACGCUGCAGGAGUGAAACUGUUUUCUGUUCAUAAAAAAAUAAUCUCUAUCCAGGCCAAUGUAGACAGUCGCACAAUUGUAUUUGCGGCUCUAAUUUUCAGAUAUCAAUGACGUUUCAGUGGGCCACACACUCAAGAUGAUUCAUCCGAAGCUUGAGUAUCAGCUGCUCUUGGCCAAAAAGGUUCAGCUGAUUGACGCAUUAAAAGCAAGUAGGCCUACCAGUGUUGCAAACUGAUUUUAUUUAAAUUACUGAAACUUCUUGAAUAUUGCAACCCUUGCUCACAUAUCGCUCUCUUUCUGUGUGUAUGUGUGUGUUUUGUAGGAUCUUCAGGUUCACGAGGGGAAUACGGACUUCCUUAUUCCUGAAUAUCGUAACAUUCUAGACGAGUCUGCCUAUCUGCUAGAGGAAUACAAGAAGCAACCAGCUCACCUAGAAAGACUUUAUGGUAUCUCAUUGCACAGUUGUUGCUGUAACAUUCUCGUUUCACAAGAAUAAAAAUCAAAAUAAAACAUCAGCCAUCACAUUAGCCUAGCUUGCCAGGGAUCCUACAUCUCCUGGGUGCAAAAUGAAUGUGACAAUAUGGUUAUGCAAAACGACAAUCACAGUAACGUGUGUUUUUGCUUCUGUUUCCCCAGGUAUGGUAACUGACCUCUUCAUCGACAAAUUCAAAUUCAAAGGACAGAAUGUGAAGACAAAGGUGUCAUUGCUGCUGGAAAUUUUGGAUAACUACGAUUUGGAUUCUUUGAUGAAUUUCUUCAAUGAGGCAUAAUAUCAAAUUAGAGCAAAGAGGACACAAACUUUGACACCUAAUUUGUAAUAGCUUUUGUUCUGUAUAUAGAGUUUACGUUUCAGCUUUGUUUGUUUUUUGUAAGAUACUAGAAUCAAUUAUUGUACAUAUUAUGAAUUAUUUAU